CACGGGACGACAUUCCUGGUUCCAUUCAAUCCCUUCAUUGCUCGGUCCUCUUAUCCUGCAACAACAACUGACGACGCAUUGCCAACCGCCGACGACGACCAUCACGACACCCCGGAGAGACCGACGGCGUCGUGUAAUCCAGGUAGGUUUCGACUUUGCGACUGUCGCGGCCUGCCUCCGACACGAUACACUACAGUACACUACACUACACUUCACUACACUUCACAACCUACGGUAGACGACCACCAUUUGACCGACCGACCGACCGACUGCGCGCAGUACUAGGUAGCGAUUGCAACCAACCAAGGGAACCAACCAACCAGCUCUAAACCCCCCGACAAAGUCCUGCGUUUUCGAGCAACCACCACUGCCUACACCUCCCACUCAGCUUGCGACGCCAACCAGGGCAUCAAUCAAUCACCUAGUCAAUCAAGCAAUCAAAAAUCCGGCACAACAACAGGAGAGGCCCUGUCGCCUUUUUUCCUCUCCUACCCUCCCCCUCCCCCCGGACCUCACCUACGCCCGGUCGCGCAGGUUCUUUCCCGGCCUCUGCCAUCCUCUCCAGCUUUCGCUUCGCUGGGCUCUUCGACGACGUCGGCGACAAGGCCUCUGUCUUUUUUUCUUCUCCUCCUUCGUGGUUCGAGGCUCCUCCUGGCUGUCGGGUAAUGCGUCACCCUCAUCCUCCAUCGCCAUGACCCAAACUGCUUCUACUACCGAGAACACCUCCAUCUAACGCUGUCACAAACCCUUUUUAUUGCAAAGAAAAAAAAGACGCGAAGGAAAACGACGACAGUUCAACAAAGCAUCAGUCUUUUACGGCCUUUUUUCCAUUCCAUUUUUCCCACGCGAAACUCGGCUUCAACUCUGCGAUAUACCCUCAUUUCCACGUCACGCGCGCCUGCAUUUCCUUUGGCAUUCGAUUACCUUUAUCGCAUCUCGCAUCUCGCAUCUCGAUUUUCUUCACGACAGCGACGACCGACGAAAGUUUUCUUUUGUUUUCUUUUCCUUUGUUUUCCAAAGAAAUAACUACUACAACAACAACAACAAACCACCACCAAAUCAACACCAGAAUCAUCACAUGAAAACCUGCAGACCACCACACCCCAUCGUACGACGACGAUAGACCUUGCGAAAUGGCGGCCGACGUCCCCGGAUCACCGCUCGCCAAGAAUGCCACGACGGAGGAGGCCCUGGCCUGGUACAAGUCUCAGUACGAAGAGCUUGAGCAGGAACUCAAGGAAUUCCAGCAGUCGUCCAAGGAGCUCGAGGCCGAGCUGGAAAAGGACCUGGACGCCGCCGAUAAGAGAGAGCGCGCCCUACAGCAAAAGGCCGAGGGAUUAUCCUACGAGGUAGAGGAGUGGAAGAGAAAAUACAAAGAAUCAAAAUCAGAGGCAAAUGCUGCGCAAAGUGCGCUUGAGAAGGAAAUCACGGCUCUGCGCGAGACCAACAGAACGCUCCAGCUGAAGCUACGCGAUAUCGAGGUGGCCAACGAUGACUUUGAGCGCCAAGCCCGAAACACGUCGUCCUCGCUGGAGGACCUCGAAUCCAAGUACAAUGUCGCGAUUGAACGCGCCGUCAUGAUGGAGGAGGAAAUCAAGAUUGGGGAGCAGGAAAGAGAACGGUUGCGCGUCGAAGCCCAGCGAUUGCGCGAAGAACUGUCCGACCUGAAGAUUGAGGCCGAGAUCUUGCAGUCCAAGCUUAGGAAGCACCAAGCCCGUGGCCAUCUCACACAAAUCACCACCACUAUCGCCCCCGCGCCCGCCUCACCGCUGUCGACCGCCAGCUCGCCCUUGGUCUCAACUCCACCCGAUACCAAGUCCCUGUCCACGAUCGACACCUUGUCCGAAGUGCAAGAUCCACCAUCGCCGCCCAUGUCCGAUGCCUCGCUGGGCAAGGGUCUUAGGGCGUCUAGGAGCACCCCCGUCAAGCAGACGGCUUCUAGACCAGGCGGGUGCCGGACACCCAAGACGUCCAUCUCCAAGUCAGCCGCCGCCAAGUCGUCAGCUCAGGCAACCCACAAGGCUAACCAGUCCUUCAGCGAGAACAAUAUCACGCCCAAGCCAAAGCCGCUCAGCUCGUCGACUUCCUCGCAAUCGAACCGUCCCUCCAACGGCCGCUUCAACACUAACAGCUAUCCCAUGGUGCGCACGCCAUCGUCAAGGCCCUCGGGCGCUAGAGCCGCCGAGAGGCCACGGGCGCCGGUGCACAGGAUUCCUCCGUCCAACUCUCUCACCCACAUCCGAACCCUUACCGCGCAGAUGCAGAAACUCGAAGCCCGCGUUCACUCAGCUCGCUCCAAGCUUCCGGCCACAGCGCAGACGCCACCUAAGCAGUCGCCGCGCUUCAGCGGAGGGAUCGGAGGCCUUGCCGCCACGGUAGCCAUGCGCGGGAAGAAGCAGCGGGGGGUUGGGGCUUCUACCUCUUCGCUCAACCUGCUGGACGAUGACAACGCGUCCGAUAUUUCAGGCACGCACAGCAACCCCGACUUCCGCAGCAGCACCUUGAAUCUCAGCAAGCACAUCCCCCGACUUAGCACGUCAGGAGUGUCGCGCAUAGCCUUUGGGCCCCUACCGAUCCGCCACCCCGCCUCUGCCGCCGCCUCGACAACAUCUACAAGCACAGCAACCGCCACCAACGUUGACUCGGAAGUCUCCCGGCCCAGCAGCCGAGCUAGUUCCUCGGGCUACGGCCGGCCCAUCAGCCGAGCCGAUUCCCACUCCACAGCAGCGUCAGGGUACAUGCCCUCGUCUUCCUCGCGACCUAUCAGCCGGACUAGUCUGCCUGGACAUGGGACACGAACUCCCGUAGGCUCGUGGCCACGCAGCUCGGGGAACUUGAGCGCAUAUGGCCACGGCCCCGCCCACAGCCAAGCGAGCAUCAGCUACAGCACAGCCGAAGAGGACGAGCUCACGGACGAUGGGCAGAGGGAAUUGAGGUCAAAGACGACGCCGGCGAGGAGGAGGACAGGGACACUGAGUGCACGCGAUGCCCCGGAUCAUCACCACACGGGUAUUCCGAUACCAGGAAGUGGAGGAAACAGGAGGCAGAGUGGCAGCUCGAGUGCGAGUCGGUCAAGUGUUACAGGGAGUUUGAGCCUGAGGAGGCAGAGUAACGCGGCGGCUCUAGGGCACGGGCAUGGACAUAAUGCGGGUUAUGGACAUGGACACGGAACGGUGCCAGGGGGGACAACAGUGAGAAAGGUGGUGGACUUGGGGGAGACUUAUUGAGGGAUAUGAGGAUCUAACCAGGGACAGGAACUUUUUGGAGGCGAGGAGCGGAGGAAACAUGGAUAUCAAUGAUAUGGAUAUGGCAUGAAUAUGGAUAUUAUUUGGCAAGGGCAGGGCAGGGAAGAGAAGCGUGGGGACCAAGAGAGGACGAGAAUGAGCAGAAAGAGGAGAGACAAGAAAGAGAAAGAAAAAAGGGAAAUGGGAAAUUCUGAUGGACAGACAGACAGACAGGAAGGAGUACGGACUUGCUUGCUUGCUUGCUUGCUUGUUGUUGGCUUGCGCGGUUUUGGGCUGGUUUCAAUCUCGCCUUUCUUUCCCUUUCUACUGUACUCUACUCUUCUGCUGCUUUUCUCUCAAACUUCCUGCUUGCUUACUUGCUUGCUUGCUUGCUGCUGUGCUGUGCUGUGCUGCACGACGCGCAAGAACACACACGCACAGACACAUACACUACACUACAAGAACAUACAACAGUUACUACAUCUUCCUCUUUUUUUUUUUAGUUUAGCUAGGUGGCUAGGUACUUAUCGAAUUAGGUCAACCCACCAGAUUACAGCGC